UAUUGUUUUCAUUUUAAAAUUUUUGACAAAGUAACGGGAUUGAACGAACGGAACGAACUACCUUGAAGAUCGUUGUGUACAAAGCUCAGUCAAUCGCAUAAACUACCAUCUUUCUCGGUCAAACAAAUGCGAAGCGUAGCUUGACGCAUACAGGAGAAAAGUGUUCUUUAAGUAUGAGAAACGGCUAAGAAUGCAGAGCCCUCCAGAAAAGGUAUUUGAGUACUUUGCAUCAUACCAAACACCUAAUGGAGAAGUAUUUAUGACACCAUCAGAUUUGUUGCGUGCAAUUGUUCCUGUAUUCCCUCCGUCUGAAGCACCGCGUAUCAGAGGAGGAUAUCUGAAAGGGGAGUGGAUUUCUGGCGAGUUACAUUGUGUUCCUGCGGAAUUUUUUAUGCUUUUUGACACUAACAAUGAUGGACUUAUAUCAUUUCCAGAGUACAUCUUUUUAGUUACACUACUCAGCAUCCCAGAAUCAAGCUUUUCUGUGGCAUUCAAAAUGUUUGACCUCGACGGCAGCGGGGAGAUAGACAGGGAGGAGUUUAAGAAAGUGAUGGCCUUGAUGCGAACUCAUAGUAGACAAGGAGCUCGCCACAGGGAUGGACAGCGAACUGGACUAAAAGUUUCAAGUUCUGUAGAGGAUGGGGGUCUACUAGAGUUUUUUUUUGGCAAGGAUGGCAAGGCAUGCCUUGAACAUGGAAAGUUCGUCCAGUUCUUGAGAGACUUGCAUGAUGAAAUAUUGCGUUUGGAGUUCGCCCAUUAUGACUUCAAGUCGCAAGGAAACAUAUCAGCUAAAGAUUUUGUAUUGUCUAUGGUUGCAUCUGCUGACAUGAGGCAUAUAAACCAGUUUCUGGCUCGGGUUGAUGAGUUAAACAAUGAACCACAUCUUAGAGACAUACGCAUUACCUUUGAAGAGUUCAAGAAUUUUGCAGAGCUGCGUAAAAGAUUGCUACCCUUGUCCCUGGCAAUCUUCAGUCAUGGGAAAGUGAAUGGGUUGCUAACAAAGCAAGAUUUCCAAAGAGCUGCUUAUCAAGUUUGUGGCAUCUCUCUAAGUGACAAUGUGAUUGAUAUGAUAUUCUAUAUCUUCGACAUAAAUCGUGACGGAAGUCUAAGCUCAGAUGAAUUCCUGCGAGUCUUACAAAGACGGGAAAACGAUAUUUCGCAACCACGGGAGGCGGGAUUAAUGAGAUUAUUAUCUUGCUGGAUGGAUUGCACAAAAAAUUGUUCUUCUUUUAAGAUUCUUUUGUGAAUAAUACUGAGUGGUGCAUGAUUCCAUAUUUUCGGAUAUUUCAGAGGUGGAGACAAAUUCAGAAUCACGUUGUUGAUGCGCAAAGAGUUCACACUCGAAAGUCAAAAUGUCAAUGUUUUGGACGUUGGCUUAUUGUCAAUGUUUAAUCGCCUAGUGAUAGGGUUAGGUGGAAAUUUUGUGGCUACAUGUUGAAAGCUAGUCAAUUUUACUAAAUUUUCAUUGAAUUUUGUUGUAGAAUUGGUUG